CCGGGCCGAGCCGAGCCGAGCCGGGCCAGGCCGAGCCGGCGGCGGCGCGGAGCCCAUGGAGCGGCCGCUGCUGCCGCUGCUCUGCGGCGCCGUCGCCCUGCUGCUGCCCUGCGCCGCCGCCGCCGCCGCGCGCUGCAGCCGCCCCCGGCCGGUGCCCAACGCCCGCGUGGAGGCGGCCGACGCGACGGCGCUCGACGGGCACCUGCGCUACGCCUGCGAGCCGGGCUACAAGCGCAGGGCCGGCACGUCGGGCCUGACGCGGUGCCGGCUGCCGCCCGGCGCCGCCGAGCCCGCCUGGAGCCAGCCCACGCUGCAGUGCAUCCGAGACCCCGCGCUGCCGCCGCUCGCCCCCAGCCCCGAGCCCGCCGCCGGCGGCCCCCCGGCCCCCGCGGGAGCCAGCGCCGAGCCGGCCGCCCCCGCGCAGCCCGCAGUGUCCGCGCCGGCCCUGGCCGUCGCCGUGGGUAAGCGGCGCGGAGCGGCGCGGAGCGGAGCGCGGCGGCUGACGGGGAAGCUGGCCCUCUAA